CUCAUUUUCAUUGCUAAUCAUGAAAGACUCCUCAAAAUCCUGGCAACCCUUUAUAACAAACUGUUGUUCUGUUGAAGAUCAAACAGUGUUCAACAAUUUUAGCAGAUGUAGGACUUCAAGGUCCGAUUUCUCAAAGAAUGUGACUCCAUCACCAUCUUUUAGGCACCUAUCUUUCUCAGACCUUAGCCAGUCUUCUUCUAUGCGUAUAAAUGAGGACAUAGCGCAGACUUUUGGUCCUGAUUUGUUUGACUUCAAACUCAGUGAGUUACGAGCCAUAACUCAAAAUUUCUCUAGCAACUUCUUGCUUGGGGAAGGUGGGUUUGGUACAGUGCAUAAGGGUUAUGUGGAUGACAACAUGAGAUGUGGAAUGAAGGCACAAGCCGUUGCAGUCAAGCUUCUUGACAUUGAAGGGUUGCAAGGACAUAGGGAAUGGCUAGCAGAAGUGAUAUUUCUCGGGCAACUUAGGCAUCCGAACUUAGUGAAAUUAAUCGGAUAUUGUUGUGAAGAAGAAGAAAGACUCCUAGUGUAUGAGUUCAUGCCACGUGGAAGCUUGGAAAAUCAUUUGUUCAAGAGGAUCUCAGUUUGCCUACCAUGGGGAAACAGAUUAAAGAUUGCAAUAGGUGCUGCUAAAGGGCUCGCAUUCUUGCAUGGUGCUGAUAAGCCUGUUAUAUAUCGCGACUUCAAAACUUCCAAUAUCUUACUUGAUUCGGAUUUUAAUGCAAAGUUAUCAGAUUUUGGAUUGGCAACAAUGGGUCCUGAAGGAUCAAACACUCAUGUAACAACUAGAGUCAUGGGUACUUAUGGUUAUGCUGCUCCUGAAUAUGUCAACACUGGCCAUUUGACCACAAAGAGCGACAUUUACAGCUUCGGAGUGGUGUUGAUAGAACUACUAACUGGAAAAAGGGCAAUGGACAAAACGAGGCCUAAGAGCGAACAAUAUCUUGUGGAUUGGGCAAAACCGUACAUGACUAGCAGUCGAAGAUUGCGUUGCAUAAUUGACCCAAGAUUGACAGGUCAAUACUCAGUGAGGGGAGUCAAGGAGAUGGCAGUUUUGGCACUAAAUUGUGUGAACUUGAACCCUAAAGAUAGGCCAAAAAUGACUGAAAUAAUCGAAACUCUUGAAGGCUUUGAAAAUCUGAAGGACAUGGCAGUCAGUUGUGGGCAAUGGCCUGUAGUCUCAAGAAAAACCGCAAGAGAUGCAGUUUUUUCUCCUAAAGGAAGAAAAGAAAUUAAUGGAGGUCAUAUAUAUUGGAAAGAGACUCCUGUUAAAAACAUAAAAGUGAAAGGAUAAUGAAUAAAAUAUAGUGGAUUUAUUAUAAAAUUGUGAAGAAAAGUCAACAAGUGCUCCUACUUAUGUACCAAUGCUUAUAUUAUAAGUCAUAUAUACAUAUAAAUUUUGACAGAUAUGU